AUGCGUCUCCUCGGCCCCUCCCCCGGCCGGGGGCCGGAGGAUGCUGGAGCAAAGUUAGCUUAAAAAAAAAAAAAGAGGUGUGUCCGGGGGUGGGGCGGGGGUCGGCGGGGGCGUGGUCGGAGCCGCUGAGCCGCGCUCCCCUCUCUCUCCCUCAGGAUCCGGCCCCAGGCUCCCCCGCGGAGGCCGGGGAUGCGCUGCCGGGGGCCUCCGGAAGACUGAUCGCCCCCUCCCUCGGGGGGCUGGAGGGCUGGAGCCCCCCGAGGGCGACGCCGAGGGUCCCGGCGCCCCGACCCUUUCCCCCCGCCCGCUGGGCUGACACCUGGCGCCGAGCCGAUGCAUCCCAGAAUGAAUGAGAUGAACCUGAGUCCUGUGGGGAUGGAGCAGCUCGCUUCAUCCUCAGUGAGCAAUGCCUUGCCGGUCUCAGGAAGUCACCUCGGGCUGGCAGCCUCCCCUACUCACAAUGCUAUCCCUGCCCCAGGACUGCCAGUUGCAAUUCCAAACCUUGGUCCCUCCUUAAGCUCUCUGCCUUCUGCCUUGUCUCUGAUGCUCCCAAUGGGCAUUGGUGAUCGGGGGGUGAUGUGUGGGAUACCAGAGAGGAACUACCCUCUCCCACCCCCACCAUACCCACACCUGGAGAGCAGCUACUUCAGGCACAUUCUACCCGGCAUCUUAUCUUAUUUGGCCGAUAGACCUCCUCCUCAGUACAUCCACCCAAACUCCAUCAGUGUGGACAACAACCCCGCGCUGGCCGUCUCCAAUAACCCUUCGGCACUAGACCCCUAUCAGCCCGGCGGCAGCGUCGGCUUGGAGCCCGGCAUUGUCCCUAUGGAUUCCCGUGCAGUCAAUGCCCAUGGGGCUCAGAGCCUCCAUCCUGGUGACAGUCAUGAGGUGGCACUGGACACCGCCAUCACCAUGGAGAGUGUCUCUAGGGUGACCAGCCCCAUCUCCACAGACGGCAUGGCGGCUGAGGAGCUGACGAUGGAGGGUGUUGCAGGGGAGCACUCACAGAUGCCAAAUGGUUCCCGAAGCCAUGAACCUUUGUCUGUGGACUCGGUUGGUAACAAUUUGGCAGCAGACCCUGUGGGACAUGGUGGUGUGAUUCCUCUUCACGGGAAUGGCCUGGAGCUCCCUGUGGUCAUGGAGACUGAUCACAUAGCAGGACGAGUCAGUGGGAUGCCCGACAGCGCCCUCAGUGACUCCAUCCACACUGUGGCCAUGAGCACCAACUCCGUAAGCGUGGCCCUUUCUACCUCACACAGCCUUGCCUCCCUGGAGUCGGUUUCCCUGCAUGAAGUGGGCCUCAGCCUUGAACCCGUGGCUGUGUCCUCCAUCACCCCAGAGGUGGCUAUGGGGUCAGGCCAUGUAGAUGUGGCUUCAGACAACCUCUCCUUUGUGCCACCGUCCCUGCAGAUGGAAGACUCCAACUCCAACAAGGAGAACAUGGCAACCUUGUUUACCAUCUGGUGCACACUUUGUGACCGAGCCUACCCCUCAGAUUGCCCUGACCAUGGACCUGUGACCUUUGUUCCAGACAGCCCAAUAGAGAGCCGAGCCAGGCUGUCGCUCCCAAAGCAGCUUGUCCUCCGCCAGUCUCUUAUGGUGGCAGAUGUGGGUGUAUGGACUGGAGAAACCAUUCCUGUGCGGACUUGCUUUGGGCCAUUGAUUGGCCAGCAGAGCCACUCCAUGGAGGUAGCAGAUUGGACAGACAAGGCUGCUAAUCAUAUCUGGAAGAUGUACCACAAUGGCGUCCUUGAAUUUUGUAUCAUUACAACGGACGAAAAUGAAUGUAACUGGAUGAUGUUUGUGCGCAAAGCCAGGAACCGGGAAGAACAAAAUCUGGUUGCUUAUCCUCAUGAUGGAAAAAUCUACUUCUGCACCUCUCAGGAUAUCCCUCCGGAAAACGAGCUGCUUUUUUAUUACAGCCGGGACUAUGCCCAGCAGAUUGGUGUUCCUGAGCACCCAGAUGUGCAUGUCUGUAACUGUGGCAAGGAGUGCAACUCCUACACAGAGUUCAAAGCCCACCUGAGCAGCCACAUCCACCACCACCUGCCAAGCCAGAGCCACGGUGGCAGCCAUGGGCCCAACCACAGCAAGGAGAGGAAGUGGAAGUGCUCAAUGUGUCCACAGGCAUUCAUCUCGCCAUCCAAGCUCCACGUGCAUUUCAUGGGCCACAUGGGGAUGAAGCCCCACAAGUGUGACUUCUGUAGCAAGGCUUUCAGCGAUCCCAGCAACCUACGCACACACCUGAAGAUCCACACAGGCCAAAAGAACUACAGGUGUGCGCUAUGUGAUAAGUCCUUCACCCAGAAGGCUCACCUGGAGUCACACAUGGUCAUCCACACGGGAGAGAAGAAUUUGAAGUGUGAUUACUGUGACAAGCUCUUCAUGCGACGGCAAGACCUCAAGCAGCAUGUGCUCACCCACACACAAGAGCGGCAGAUCAAGUGUCCCAAGUGUGAGAAGCUCUUCUUGAGGACGAAUCACCUGAAGAAGCAUCUCAACUCUCACGAGGGGAAGCGGGAUUACGUCUGUGAGAAGUGUUCCAAGGCUUACCUGACCAAAUAUCAUCUCACACGGCACCUGAAGAUCUGCAAAGGCCCCACUUCCAGCUCGUCAGCCCAGGAGGAAGAGGACGAUGAUGAUUCAGAGGAGGAAGAGUUAGGAGACCCUGUGGGGGCCGAGGAUUGUCGGCUGGGUGGGGCCGUGUAUGCUGCUGCCGACGACGGCCUCUCUGGACACAAAUGAGGCUGGACGGAAGCAGUUUAGAGGGAGAAGAGGGAAAAUCCAGCGACCCUCCCCCCCACCUCCACCCCGCAUUUUUAUACAUAAAUGCAGCUUUUUAUUUCUUUCCAGCCAGUGGCCAAAACAGACUUUGAAUGAGAAUGGGCAAAGCACUUAGAGAAGCCUGUGUCCUUAUUUCCACAGCCAUGAGAGGAGAGCAGACAGCAGGGAGAGAGCAUCAGCCUCCCAGGGACAUUUCAGAGCCUCUGGUUCGAGUGAUGAGUGAGCCAGUCAGAUGAUUGUAGAUUCCAUCCUGAUGGCUCUUCGCUUCCCCUGCACCUUGAAGGUCAGGGCUGGCCUUGCAGCUCCCUCGAGUACCGGUCAGCACGUCAUAUAAUCACUCUCAAGGCUCCCCUUGAAAGGAAGAAUUGGGGCCUGUGGGUCGUGAUCUACGGCCCUAGCUUCAGCUGUUGUGAGAGCAUGCAAAGUGACUUUCUCCUUAGGCCCAGACUCACUGUCCAUGUCUACCACCAGGGCUUAUAGGGGGUGGGUGACAGGAGAGCUACCCAGGGACCACCAGCUACCUAGAGGCCAAGGGACGGAGUGGAUGAGGGGUGAGAGUAUCUGCCUAGCAGCCCCUGCCAGUGGGGGCUGCCAGGGGUUAAAGGUGGACAGCGCUAGCAGAGUCCUCUUGGACGGAGCAGUGAGGUGGUCCCUGGGAGGGCCACUAGGCCAGAACAGAGAAGUAUCUGCAACAUUCAGGUGAGACUCUCAAGCUUUUCCAUCAGGAUGGCUUUGCCUUCCAAGUGUAGAUCUUGGGCCUCCAGGGGAACCUGACACCAGAGGGGCACAUGAGAAAUCGGGACGUGCUGGUGCUCAAGAAAUAGCCUGGGGCUGCCCGCAGACAGGGAGGUGCCCUGUGCCUGGUGUCCACGCUGCCCUUUUGGCUGACGGUUUCUGGUCCCACUUCCCAGUGUAGAGAUCACAUCCUCUGGGGUGGGAGCGGACGUGACUGGGAAGGUAAUGCUGCUAUUCUAUUUAUUGAAUGAAUAUAUUUCAUUCAAACCUGUACUCUAGGAAAAAAUUAAAAUCAAAAACAUUUUUUAAAGAAAAGGCA